GUUGAGAGGGGCAUGAGGCAGAGAGAGGAGCUUGGACUGACUAUCUUUUUGUAACUCCCGGCCAUUUGAAGCUUUCUCGUACAAUCUCAAACAUCGUAGCUCAGGGGUGUCAAUGAUGAACGACCAGCAAUGAAAAUGCACAGUGUGAUUUAAGUCCAGUAGCUUCUGAUGUUUGCUUUGCCCCUCCGGACUUUGAAUGUGACUUUUGAGUGAAGCUCAUCUCGCAGGCCCUGUUGCCACGACAACUGAGGCAGCCGAUUUAUGCUGUGGUGUCAUGGCAGGACUAUGUCCAGCAUACAGAUGGACCACUCUGAACUCUCUAAAUGAAGAACCAUCUGCUAUUGCUGUGCUUUUUGGCCCCAUCACUGGCUGCAUAUGUACACAGUAAACCUCAUGACAAAAAUCAGCAUUUUUCCAAACACAACGACACUCCAGAAAAGCAGCACAACCCACAGUUAAUGAAGCUUAAUGAGAGUAAAAGUGGAGUUCUUCCCACGUUUCUGCCUUUUGAGUCCAGCACUCAGGACGCGGAAGAUGAGGACGUGAGUGAGGAGAAAGAGAGCCAUGAGGAGCUGAAGCAGGCAAUGCCAAAAGAACUCAAAGUCUCAGAGGAAGGUAAGGGCAAUAGCCCUCUGCUCCUCAGUGAGGAGGCAUUAACUCAGCUCCUGCGGGACUCUGAGGAAGCAGGAGAACCUGUUGAAGAUGAUGACCAUCCAAGUGGGAAAUCAGAAAAUCAGAAGGAGACACAGGAAGAGAAUGAGGAACGUGGGGAGUCCACAAAUAAAAAAAUAGCAGACAACAAUGAAGGUGAAAAUAAGGAAGAGGAUGGGACGGAGAUUGAUAGCAGUACAGAGUCAGAGAUCCCAAUCGAUUUAGACUAUGCAUCUGAUAGUGAUGUCUCAAAACCAUUGCCCAUUAAGCUCGAGGAGGCCAAACAGGUAGAAAAAACAGAAGAUGUGAUCCCCACAGCCAUGGACUAUGAUUCCCAACAAUCCAGCGGCUCUGAAAACUCCAAAGAGGACAUUUUAGAGGAACAAUCUGAGCAGGAAGUGUCAGAGGAAAAACAACAAACACUGGAUGAGCUGAUAGAACCACUUCAAGAUUCUGAAAAUGACAAAAACAAUGUGGGUGAAAACAAACCAGGUGAAGAUCAGGAAAAGCUGGAGCGUGAAAAGGACAUCAGUCAUUCUGAAAGUAUUCCUUCCAGUGCCAAGAUAGCAAAGAAGGAGAGUAGUCAUGGAAAAAGCAAAGGGAAGAAGCAGCGGAAGAAGCAGGAUAUGCAGAAUGACCAGGCCAGUACAAUGGAAGCUAAUAAUGAAGAUGUUCAGAGGAAACAUCACGAGAAAGAUGUGCACCCCACUGAAAAUUCAGCGCCUAAACCAAGAAAGAACAACGGGAAACGGGCUCACUUGGUUGGGAUGAAUCCGGUACAGAUUAAGGCCUCUAUGGAGCUGUAUCCUGACAUAAGACCCACCCAUCGACCCAGCGGACAGGAGGUGCCCGUUGCCCUUUGUGAAAACUUUCGCUGUAAACGAGGAAAGACAUGCAUAAUAAACGACGAGAACAAGCCAGUUUGUGUGUGUCAGGAGCCUUCGGCAUGUCCUCCCAGUAUGAAUGAAUUUGACCAUGUGUGUGGAACUGACAAUAAGACAUACGACACAUCUUGUCAGCUCUUUGCCACCAAGUGUGGUCUUGAGGGGACCAAAAUGGGCCACAGACUUCACCUGGACUACACUGGACCAUGCAAAUUUAUUGCACCAUGUCUAGAGACCGAGCUUGUUCAGUUCCCUCUGCGCAUGCGGGAUUGGCUGAAGAAUGUACUUCUGCAGCUAUAUGAACACGACUCCAUGUCUCCUGGCUUUCUCACACCUAAACAAAGAAUCAAGGUUCAGAAGAUCUUUGAAGGUGAAAGGCGUCUUCACGCGGGUGAUCAUCCCAUUGAGCUUCUACUGAAGGACUUUGAGAAAAACUACAACAUGUACAUUUAUCCAGUGCACUGGCAGUUUGCACAAAUGGAUCAACAUCCUUCCGACAGGUUCCUCUCUCAUUCGGAGUUGGCUCCUCUGCGCGUUCCUCUAGUACCCAUUGAGCACUGCACCUCAGUCUUUUUCCAAAAAUGUGACGAUGACAAGGACAAGCUAGUCUCCUUCAGGGAGUGGUGCAGCUGCUUUGGCAUUAAGGAAGAGGAUAUGGACUCCAAUCUGCUUUUCUGAACUUUUCUCGAGGGCCUUAACAAGCAUCUUUGAGUGACUGGAAGAAACAAAUAGGUUGGUUGAGUCUUUAUUGCAGGAGGCAGAGGUUUAUUAAGUAAGACGAUACUGUUUUCGUAUUCAUGUAUUAAUCAAGGUGAAGGACAAGGAUGUCUAAGAUCAUUUAUGUUGUUUAAUGCAUUACAUGCAUUGCAUAUGCCUAUUAAAUAGCCUAUAUUCUGAGUAGUUUGUAAAGUAUUAACUAUAUUGUUAUAGUUUUAGGAUUUUUGUAUGUUUUCCAGUGGGGGAAGUGUUUACACAGUACAUUAUUAUAGAGGUUGGAAAACAAUUUAUAAUUUCUCAUGUGUCUUUGUUGCAGAAUGACAAGCUUACAUAUUUAUUUCAAGUUUUGUUAAUAGUUAAAAGCAUAAAUCAGGACAGGAUUUUUUUCCCAUGAACAUGUUUUCUGUAUGUUACUGUGAAACACUUAUAACUCU